AUGGAAGUUUUGACAGAGCUAAUAACUCCAGGAUGGGCAGUGGACCUUGGUAGCAAUGAUCACACGACAAAGUUCUGGUGCAGAAAUAGGCCUGGAGAUCCAGCUCGUGAUAAAUUCAUCGUAGGCCAAAGCCAAGGUUUUGGUGAGCAAAAUCCUGCUCUUGCCGCUCGCAUGCCUGGUAAUUUCCCUGGGCCUGAGGCCCCAACAACUCCAGGACCAUUUGCUGCUGGGUUAACAAGAAAUGAGGGAACCAUUCCAGGGGUUGGAGUUGCAAUGCCAUUUUCUAUUCCAUCUCUUGAUUCAUCAGCCCAUGGAGAACAGAAGCCAUCUGUUUCAGUAUCAAUGCCUUUAGGAGCUCCUCCUCUCCCGCCUGGUCCACAUCCAUCUCUUCUUGCAGCUAAUCAGCAGCAAGCAUAUCAACAAACUGCUCAGCAUGUCCAGCAGCAACACCAAGGACUACCCCAGCAAAUGAUGUCUUUGCCUUUGCCACCACCGAAUUUGCCACAGCUGCAGCCCCCAUCCCAUUUACCUCUCCUACCACAUCCUCAUUUACGCCCUCCACACCAGUUGCCACCACUUAAUAUGCCUUCAAACACCCCGUCUUCGAUGCCAGGAUCUUUGCCCAUUCCAUCAAUGCCCUCUUCGAUGCCAAUGCAGAUGCCUGGUCCAAUGGGUAUGCAAGGUACAAUAAAUCACAUGGUUCCUCCACUACAGCAAGGCCAUUUCAUGGGCAUGAAUCCCAUCCACUCAGGAUCUGUAUCACAGGGAGGAAUUCCAAACGGGUUGCCUAAUAUGCAGGGCCCUUCAAAUGCAGGUGGUGCCCAAAUGUAUCAACCAGGGAGUGCAUUCAACAGGCCACAAGCUGGGCAGAUGCCACCGAUGCUGGGGCUCAAUCCCUACCAGUCUGGUAAUCCGAAUGCUGCAGGCAUGGGAACAUUGCAAACAAAUUUUGGUAUGCCGUCUGGUAUGCAUCCGCCGCUGCCUCCAGGUCCCCCACCACAUGGCCAAACACCUCAGUAGAUCAUGUAUAGUACCAUUCAUCAGAGCUUGUAUGAGCCGUUGGCUAGGGCUAUGGGAAUGCAACAAACUCUCUCUCUCUCUCUCUCUCUCUCUCCAGUGUUUCUUUUGUUGUGGUUGCUCACUUAUGCUACCUGUACAAUCUAAUUUAAAAUUUUCAUGAGAUAGCUCUUUUCUUUUUAUUCAGAGUUUUUAAACAGAAGUCUGAGUGACUUCAUAAAUUCGCUGCUUUUGCUUUGAUCCAUGGCUGAAACAAAUUUCAGCUUGUUUAUACUUCAUGGACUUAGAUGGAGGUAUUUACUGUGGAUUGUUAUUUUUGAAGAAGUUGAAGGGGAAACAAAGAGGGGUCUGUGUUUAAACUUCUUAAGGUUGGGGCAAAUUUCCAGCCCAAAACAAUGUUUUUGGCUCAAAACUAGUGUAGUAUUAUACAUCAUAUUCAUAACAUAUUUUGAAAGGGCCUGGACCAAAACUUUCG